AGCAGUGUAUAUUGCGACUAAAGUACACCCCAGUGAGCUGCCAGCUCUACAUGCAGCAACUAAUGAUGAAGUUCCUGCCCUACACAUACCGUCCUAACAAGUUCCAUUUCCAAGAGAUACUAACAUGGUCACUGGACCGGUAUGACGCUCUGAUGGAACUAUGUAAUGACAACUGUUAUAACUACACAAUAGCAUAUACCUAUCGCAACUGUACAGCAAACUUACCCGUGCAGAAGUUUUUCCCAGGCAUGACGAACGAGAGGUUCAGUGACAUGUUACGGGAAGUUUCGUCUCUACUUUGUCAUACUAAUCCUGCUGGAGACAGCUGCAUGAAGUAUGAGGCUGACUUACUGACAGGGAGAAUAAAGAUGGAAGAGACAAUAAGAGAGAGAUGUUUAAUACGUGAUGUGAACACAAACGAUACGAUACUUCCUGCUUUCUGUUUACCACAGUGCAAGUUAUUCUUACAGAGAAAGAAAGAAGAAUACGGAUGUUGUCUCACCUCUUGGAGGAACCUCUCCAACUACACCUCCGACCUCUCCAAAGUCCUCCACCUCUACCCUAACAAACUGUACAGGCUCCUAGAGUUCUGUGAGAUUGAAACACCAGGGAGCUGUCCGUAUACUCCGGAUCUUACUAAACUGUCGACAGGGCUGGUUACUUUCCUAUCAAUAGCAGGGGUUGUCGCUUUUUUAGUUUUAGUUGCAGGGAUUGUCAAGAAUUUUAGGGAACACUGAGUUCAAGCUCGAUCAGUUUUGAGUAUUUACCUUAGUUGAAUGAUAGAGGAGAGUGUUAUGGUG